AUGAUGCUCAAGAAGGUCCGCUUCAAGGAUCUUCAUGUGUCAGACGGGGUGAUUGACAACGCAGUAGAUAUGGACAGUCUGAACAGGAACCUGCCUGAGUGUGGAAGGCAAACCCAUCAGGUGUUACAGAGCACGCCACUGGAUCUGUUUGAGAGCGGCAAGGUGAAGGUCCAGGCAGAGCGCCCCCAUCUGGUCAGUCCUGGCAGUGGCCGUCUCAGUACGGCCAUCAAUCUGCUGCCCCUUCCUGAAGGCAGGACAACGUUGGGCCAUGGGGCGAUGGACAUCAGCAUCCAGGGCCCAGGAGUUGCCGCCCAGCACUGCUACAUAGAGAACCGGGCAGGGAUCAUCACUCUCCACCCCUGUGGGAACCAGUGUGCCACAGACGGGCUUCCUGUCACCAAACCGGUCCGCCUGUCACAAGGCUGUAUGCUGUGUUUUGGCCAGUCAGUAUUUUUCCGCUUCAACCACCCAGAGGAGGCGUUCAGGAUGAAGAGCAUGAUGCCAGGGGGAAGCAAGGGCUCCGGUGGGAACUACAGAAUCCACUCAGACUCAAAGAGCCUGGUCAAUGGGAACCAUCAAUCAGGAGCAUCCCAGUCGCACCACCCAGCCCCCGGUGAGAGAGUCCCACGCUCCGAGCAUAGUGCCAUCGUCAGCUCCAUCGAAAAGGACCUCCAGGACAUCAUGGACUCCCUAGUCAUGGAUGAUCCCCAGCCUUCCUCUUCAGACUCAAAAAAGCCAGACUACCCCAUCCCCCACUCCCCGCUGUCCCCCAUGGUCAACGGAGGAGGCCGCUACCUCCUCUCCCCUCCCACCAGCCCGGGGGCCAUGUCAGUGGGCUCCAGCUAUGAGAACACCUCCCCGCCCUUCUCCCCCCUGUCCUCUCCCUCGGCGGCCAGCAGCGCAGGCAGCUACAACAGCCCUUCUCCCAGCGGCUGCCUGGACCCCCAGGACCUAUCCCUGCCCCCCGUGCCAGUCCGCUCAUCCAGCUACAACUACACAACUACACCACCCAUCCCCCAGCCAAGGACCAUCAUGACAAACUACAGCCCCGGCGGUGGGGUGCAGAGGGUCCCUGAGAGCCCCAGGCUCCAGAGGAAAUGUCUCCUGGAGGCCCCCCAGAGCCCCAAGCUGGCCCGCAGAGGCCAGAGCCUGGACAGCCCAGGGGUGAUGGGUUCCGAGAGCCCCAGACUGACCCACCUAUCUGUUGCAUCAGCCGAUGCCGGGUACAUGGGCAUGGGCAGGAACGCAGUGCCAAGUAGCCCCAGACUCACCUCCAAUUUCCCCUACGCCGCCACGUCCUCCUCCCCAUCCAGCCCCAGGACGAAAGCGGGCACCAUCCUCCAGGAGCGUCCGGCUAGCCCCUUCAGAGAGCAGGCGGACCGCUCCCUCACCUCCAGCUCUUCCAGACAGCUGCUAUCCCAGCCCAGCAGGGCCUUCCAGCCUCCCCUGGACCCCAUCGUCCACAUAAUCCAGGGGGGCUCUCCACUCCAGCAGCACCACCCCUUCCCCCACCCUCUCACGCUGCAGCCCCCAGAGAGCCCUCGGCUGUCCCGCAGGAACCUCGACCUCAGCGGCGGUGGGGGCAGCAGCAUGAGGGAGCUCCCCCCUCUCAGCCCCUCCAUGGCUCGCAGAGGGGUGCCUGUUCUCCCGGGUGCUCUCCCUGGAAGUAUCCCCAUGUUGAGAACGCCCGAGAGCCCAUCAUCAUUGGGGAAGCUGGGAGUCCCGGAGAGCCCCAGGCUCCUACGCAAGGCCUGCUCCCCCCCGGAGGACCAGUUUGGCGGCAGUGUGGUCCGAGCCCGCAGCCCCUCCCCUACCUUGGGGCUGAUGAUGAUGGAGAGCGGGGGAGGGGGAAGGAAGGCCAGCUUUGGGAACGCCCUCUCCCCUGCUUACAGCCUGGGCUCCCUACCUGGCUCUUCGCCUCUUGCCAGCCCCAGGGGCCAUAGGAAGAUGUCUGGGGGCCCCCGGGAUCAGAGGGGCCCCCACCCGGGCAUGCGGGAACGGAAAAACAGCAUCUCUGAGAUCAGCGACAACGAGGACGAGCUGUUGGAGUACCACCGGCGCCAGAGAGAGGAGAGGCUCAGGGAGCAGGAGAUGGAGAGACUGGAGAGGCAGAGGCUAGAGACMAUCCUGAAUCUGUGCGCCGAGUACAACAAGGGCGACGGGCCCUUUGGGKGCGAGGCAGAGGGGRGGAUGGGCUUCCCUGGGGGCCUGGGACCGGGGGAGGGGGCGGCCAGGAGACCCUCUAUGGACAGCUUGGCAGGGUCCAGCUCACUGCAUCGUAGCAUGGCCCAUAGACAGCAGAGGGAGAGCGACGAGGAGAACCUCAAGGAGGAGUGCAGCAGUACAGAGAGCACCCAUCAGGAGCACGAGGAGCAGCCUGUUUCUGGCGGCCCGGGGCGGGCAGAGCUGGGUUACCUGGAGGACGAGAGGGUCAGAGUGCUGGCACGAGUCGACGAGCUCAAAUCACGAAUCACAGAGCUGGAGCAGCAGCUACAGGAGUCCAAGCAGGAGGCAGAGAUGGAGCGGGCCCUGCUGCAGGGGGAGAGGCAGGCGGAACUGGACCAGGUAGAGGCAGAGACGGAGAUCAUCGGACAGCUGCAACACAAGCUCAACGAGCUGGAGAACGCCAUCCAGAGGGAGAAAGACAAGGCAUUGCCAAAUCCUGGAUGGCUUCCCAAGACCGUAUCUAGUUGGUUUUGCCAUCCCAAGGAGAGGGCAAAUGUUGACGCAGAGCGCCGAGACCUGGAGAGCCUCCAGGAGGGCUACAGUGAGCUGAAGAACCAGCUUCAUAACUGUCCCGAGUCACUGAGGGAGCAGUUAAAGGAACAGCUCAAAAGGGAGGGCGAGACCCUGGAGUCAGAGACAAAACAGUUUGAGGACCUGGAGUUCCAGCAGCUAGAGAGGGAGAGCAGCCUGGAGGAGGAGAGGGAGACCAUCAGCCAGCAGCUGCUGCAGGAGAGGGCCGAGUACCACACCAGCGUGGCCAAGAGGAAGGACAAGGUGGCAGCUCUGGAAGGCCAGGCCAGUCAGCUSGGACAGCAGGCGUCUCAGGAGUGUGACAGGCUGGCUAAGGACAGGAACCUUACCCUGCAGAUUCUCCAUAAGGAGAAAGAGAGGCUAUCGGCCCUAGAGAAGAGGUACCUCAGCCUUACUGGAGGAAGAUCUUUCCCUAAGUGUUCCAGCACCAUGAAAGAGGAGUACAUGAAGCUCUCGGAUGUCUAUAAGAUGUUUGGGAGUGAUUGCCAUGACACCCAACUCAUCACCUCUGCUCAGCACGGCCUCUCGCUCACCUUAGACGCAGCUGUCCCCUGCGAGGAGUACGUGACUGUGGACCAGUUAACUCAGUUCUUUGGGAUGCCGAAGGUCGAGUCCUCCCCUACCUCUCCUCUCCGGCCCCUCCAGUCAGGAGCUGGAGACCCCGCCUUUUCCUGCCUCUCCUUUCGUCACGGCUCCUCCCUCUCUCUCUCUGUUGAGUAUCAGCCUGAGUGCAGUAGGCCUCAAAUCCCCACUCUCGAUUUAGAGCAGUGGUACCAGGAGGUGAUGGCUGCUGGGGAGAGCAGCCAGCUCUGCCUCCCUCUCCCAGCUAAACCUCUCUCCGCUCGCAGGCCUAUGCAGGUGUUCCGCUCCAAGCUGGACAGUGAUGCUGGACAGGCGGUACAUCAACCCAAAGCAGGCUCCGGAUCCCAUCUGCAGUACGUAGCCACUACACUGGGACGCAACACAACCUCCAAGAGCCCACUGAUGGUUCCCAACAGUACAGGCAGUUUGCCACGGAACUUGGCUGCCACCAUGCAGGACAUAGAGACCAAGAGAGCGCUAGCCUUACAGCAGAAAGGCCACCAGGUGAUCGAGGAGCAGCGGCGUCGAUUGGCUGAGCUGAAGCAGCGGGCUGCAGUGGAGGCCCAGUGCCAGUGGGAUGCGCUCCACGGCUCUCAGACCCACCUCUAUGCCCCCUCACACGCCCACGGCCCUCCCAUGGUGCACCACUCCAUCCUGCACCACCAGCCGCCAUCGGCRGGCGAGCAGCCGUACGACACACUGAGCCUGGAGAGCUCUGACAGCAUGGACACCAGUGUCUCCACAGGCAACAACUCGGCCUGCUCCCCCGACAACAUGUCCAGUGCCAGUGGGAUGGAYGCGCUGAAGAUCGAGGAGAUGGAGAAGAUGCUGAAGGAAGCCCACCUAGAGAAGGCCAGGCUCAUAGAAUCCAGAGAGCGAGAGAGCCAUGCCCGUAGGCAGAUGCUGGAGGAGGAGAGGAGGCGGCGCGAGGAGGCUGAGAAGAGGCUGCAGGACGAGACGGUGCACAGGCAGCAGCUGGUGGACAAGGAGGUGAAGAUGAGGAGCAAGAACUUCUCCCAGGCCCGUCCUAUGACUCGUUACCUGCCCAUCCGCAAGGAGGAGUUUGACCUGCGCUCCCACAUCGAGUCAUCCGGCCACAACGUGGAGACCUCUUACCACGUGAUCCUCACAGAGAAGAUGUGUAAGGGUUACCUGGUCAAGAUGGGCGGCAAGAUCAAGUCGUGGAAGAAACGCUGGUUUGUCUUCGACCGCCUCAAAAGGACCUUCUCCUAUUACGUUGACAAGCACGAGACCAAACUGAAAGGAGUCAUCUACUUCCAGGCCAUUGAAGAGGUCUAUUACGAUCACCUGCGUAGCGCCACGAAGAAAGGAUUUUUCAACCUCAAUUUGACCAAUAGCCCAAUCCCUCGUUGACCUUCUGUGUGAAGACUCACGACAGACUCUACUACAUGGUGGCCUCUGCCCCGGAGGCCAUGAGGAUAUGGAUGGAUGUUAUAGUAAC